CAACACCGGGAUGUCAAUGACGUAACGUCCUGACGCAAAAAUAAGUUGUUUUUAUCGAUCAGUUCGAAAGAACCGAUUCUCUCAAAUGAUUCUUACAUCCUAUCACCAUUUUUGAGCCUUCACGGAUCCCGUAGACUGGGUGAAAGCGUGUUUUAACAUCACAACAUGGCCACAGUAGCAGCCAAACGCGAGGGACCACAGUUCAUCAGUGAGGUGGCCGUCAGAGGAAACAACGCUGUGCUCGACUACUGCCGCACGUCCGUGUCCGCUCUGUCCGGAGCGACAGCGGGCAUUCUUGGGCUAACGGGACUCUACGGCUUUGUCUUUUACUUCCUUGCUUCUUUCCUGCUGUCUUUGCUCCUGAUUCUCAAAGCCGGUCGCCGAUGGAACAAGUGCUUCAAAUCUCGACGUCUGCUCUUUACCGGAGGCCUCGUGGGCGGCCUCUUUACGUACGUGCUGUUCUGGACUUUCCUCUACGGAAUGGUGCAUGUGUACUGAAGGGACUUGGAGAGUACCGCAGCCGUGUAGAUGUAGAACAGUACCAUGAUAGAGAUGCCUCAGGGUAGAGAGUGCUGACUGAUGUCCCACAGAUCUUGACCUUCCUUCCGUUUAGCCAUUACAAUUUGAAAUAUUUUCUCAGUACUAAUUGCACUGAAAUUUAGAUAUUUAAAAAUUGUGUGUUUUCUUUCUUUCCUCAUGUAAUUAAUAUUUUCCUAACACUUGUUUCAGGGCUGGGUUUGGAUCUAGUUUUGUCCAACAGGGAGACUGAUUUGUUUUCAGCUUGCUUUCUUUGUAUGAUGUGCAAAACUCUAUGAACUCCAGGCAUCAGUCGGAAUCAUGUAAAAACACAAUACAAACUUUAAACUGUAUUAAUCACAUAAUUUUAUUUCAGAUAUUUUGAGUAAAAUAAAUUAUUAACCUCA